AUGCACGGGCGAGCCGCCGCCGCCGGCCCCCUCGCCCCCCCGUCCUCAUCUCGCGUGGCCUUCUCCAACACCGCCAAGACCGGCGGCCUCGCAAUAUCACCGCCAACGCUACCACGGAGGACCCCGGCGGGCGCCUCUUCUCCAGCGGCGGCGGCGGCGGCGCGCGCUCUCGCUUCGGAGGCGUUCGGCAGGCCGUACGGGCCACCGUCCGAUGAUUUCGCAGGAGGCCCCGCGGCGGCGGCGGCGGCGGUGGCGGGAAUGGCGGGCUCGAGGGCUCCGGUCUCCAGGUCGGCCGCGAACGCCGGCACCGGGGCGGGACGCAGGCGGCAGAGGGGGGAAGAGGGCGGGGGGAGAGCGGGGGGGGACGAGUCCCUGGAGGCACCGGUAACGCCGCGCCGGCGGCGGGGGCGCAAGGGGCGUUCGAUCUACCGGGGCGUUUGCGUGACGAGGGAGGGGAAGUGGCGGGCCGUGAUAUACAAGGAGCGCAAACAGCUGUACCUGGGCGUGUACGAGUCCGAGCUGGAGGCUGCCAAGGCCCACGACCGUGCCGCGCGAUUCCACUUCCCCGACAAGUCCAUGACCAACUUCGCCACUGAGGCCGAGGCCGACCGUGUCAUCGCAGAACAAGAGGAAUGCGGCGACGGGGGGGGUGAGUGCAGGAGCUGCCAGUCCGUCGUAGGACCCACGCGAAGACCGAUAAACUGUCGGGACCUCGCCCCCUACCCCAACUGCUCGCCGAUGGAGAGGCUGCGCUUCCACGCGAACCUCAGCCGUGGCCUGGAGCCGUACUAUCGGGGCCCCUCAGAUGGCUACCCUGGCGAGGGUGACGCCGAGGGAAACGACGAGUGCCGGAGCUGCCAGGGAGUUCCGGGGUCGGGCCCGAGGCCUAUCUGUCGCGAUUUUCCGCCGUACCCGAACGUUUCGCCGCCGGGUCUCGGCGGCAGCACGGAACCAGAAAGCAGAGGCCAGGGCGGGGCGCUGUCGCAGCAUCAGCUGCAGGCGGGUGGGGGGGGGGGGGGACUCGCGGCGGCUGCUGGCUCUGCGGGACUGGGACCGUCUGACUCGGUGGCGGCUGCCGCGGCCGGGUGGGCCGUGGCGCAACAGCACCUCGUGGCCAGCGGGACGCUGCCGACCCCUCGGGAGUGGGGCAGCGACGUCGGCGGCGGCAACGGCAGCGCUGCUGCUGCUGCCGCCCCCGGUCUUUCGGCGGUGGCCUCCGCGGCCGCCGCCGCCGCCGGAUUCCCGAGCAUGGUUGGCCAGCAGGCUGCUGCUGCUGCUGCCUUUAACGGUCCCCCGCCGCGCGUCGCUUCGUUCCCUUCGGUGGCCACCCUGGCCGCGGUGGCGGUAGCCGCGGUAGAGGGCACGGCGAUCAAGAGGAGAGGCGACGACGGGGAGCACGUAGUCGGAGGCGGAGGCGGAGGCGGUGGUGGUUUGGCGGCGCCGGGGGCGAAGCGGCUGCGGCCAUCACUCCCCGGGAAUUCGUCCUUCUCCGACGGCGACGGCGGCGAGCAGGUUCCGACGACGCAGCACGGUGGGGUGUCCCCUAACCCCCGUGAUGAAGAGGCACCGGCGAUCAGCACGGCCUUGUCGUCGUCGCCACCACCACCGACGAGCAUCUCUCGUCCUACCGCCUCCGCGCCGCCACCACCACUUUCUGGUCAAGCUUCUCCUGCGGCGGCGCCCGAGGCGGCCACGGGUGCUGUCGACGACAAACCCGCCGUUGGCGUUGUCUACCCCCGUCCCGAGAAUCCUGGCACGACGCUGUUGGCGACGGCGCCCCCCGUGCCAAGCGCUUCGCUCUCGCCCGCUGCUUCCGCCGGCGCCGCUGCUGCUGUUGAUGCGAAUUUCGCCGCCGCCGCCGCCGCCACCGCCUCCGCCGCCGGUGGCAACGGCAAUGGCAGCGGCAGCGGCAGCGGCAGCACCUCCGGGGAAGUGAUGACGAGUUCGUCUUCUUCGACUCAACCGGCGGCAUCGGCCGUGGACGGAGGAGGCGGAGACCUGGGUUCCGGGCGAGCCGCUGCGGCGACUCUCAGCAAAUCUUCACCUUCGGCGGAGGGCGCGGCUGCGGCAGGGGUUGGCUCGGUGGGGGAGACCCCUGCUGUGGUCGGAAGAAGCGGCGGCGGCGGCGAUGGUGGUGGUGCUGCGACGACGACGACGGCGGCGGCUGCUGCUGCCCCGAGUUCCGAUUCUGCGGCGCCCCCUCCCCCUUCUUCUUCUUCGGCGGCGGCGGCGGCGGUGGCGGCAGUCGCAUCGAUGGCACAGCCGAAAGCGGCGGCCAUCGCCGAAUGA